AUGGCAUUCGAAGUAACUCGUUUUUGGUUAAAAGAAGUGUGCAUUAAACGUUGGUAUAUAAUUCCAUUUAUUACUUAUUCAAUAUUCGUUCAUAAACAUGAAAAUCUUCGACAAGAUUAUUUUCGUAAUCGUAGUCAAUUAGUUGGUGGAAUGAAAGAACCCAACUGAAGUACAACAGAUCCUGUUCCUAAACAAUCAUCAAUAGCAAAUAUUUCAUCAAAUAUUCCUUUAAUGGCUACGUCUAAAGAUAAUGAUAGUAAUUUAUCAUCACAAUCGUUGACAAAUUCUGCGACAGAUGCACAAAAUCUUUUAAAUACAUCAACUACGAAUACAAAUCGAGAUUCUAGACGUGGUCGAACAACAUGUCAACCAAAAGGAACAAUACCUUAUACAAUAGGCAACAAUGAUACAAUAGAGAAGAUUGCUCUUCAUUUUAACUUAACGCCGUCCGAAUUACUUCAGCUCAAUAAAUUAAAUACACGUAUUGUCUUUCCUGGCCAAAUAAUCUAUGUACCUGAAGAAUCUGCUUCAAAGAUAAAUGAUGAACAACAAAAAUCUGCUGCUUUACCAAUAAAAUCACCAGCAUCAUUGUUAAAAAAACCUAAAGAUGACGACGCAUUUAUUGUUCAUACUGAUCGUCGUUCGUCAAAUGAAUCUUCUCCACCGAUUACACAACAAGAUGUUGGUCAAAUGGUUUGGUCAAUGACACGACAAAUAACAUCAAAACCUGGUCGUGCUCAACGAUUAGAAAGUCAAACAAGUUCUGAAAGUGAAUCAGCAACACGAACUAUUGAAGAUCGUGUAAAAAACCAAAAAGAAGAUAACAAUAAACAAGUUAAACAAUUACAAAAAUCUUUAUCUAUAGAAGAAAAUCAACAAUUAGAUGAAGAAUGUUUACAACGUUUUAUUAAACUUAAUGUUAGACUUAUGACUGAUGAUCAUAAAAGUGUUGCUGGUACAUUACUUGUCACGCCAAAUGCAGUUAUGUUUGAUCCUGAUGUUCUCGAUCCGUUGGUUAAAGAAAAUGGUAUUGAUAAAUAUGGUUUAAUAAUUCGAAUGGAUUUACUUGGUGGUAUUGCUUUAUAUGAAGAUAUUGCAAUGUAUGAACAUGCAGCAACAUUACGAGAUGAAGAAAAACGAAAAAUGUGUCAUUCAACAAGUUUAAAAAAUCUUUAUCAAUCUACAACAAUUUCAUCUAAUAAUGAUGACCAAGAAAUACAUGAAUUAAUGUCAUCAUUAUUAGAUCAAAUUGAUAAAGAAUUAAAUUCAUCAACUGAUACAGGUGUUGUGUUAUUUAAUGCAUCAUUAAAUGUUCGUCGUAGUAUAUCAGCAGAUAAUCAAAUAUCUCCUCAUGAAGAUCUAUUUCAUUCAUUUGAUGAUUCUAAACAUUCCCUUGGCGUUUUAAUCGAUGAUAAAGAUUUAUCAUCACAAUGUCUUCUGGAAAACUGUGUACCUGCUGAUCAAUUUAAUAAACGUUUCGGUGAAAUAGAUAAAUUAUUACAAAAACAACAGGACAUUUAUAUAACACCGCAUCCAAUAGAAAUUCCAUACUAUUUAUGUAUGCGAACAAGCACACUUAUGAAUGAUAUUAGAUCUAUACAAGAAAGGCUCAAUAAGAAAAAUAUUGAUUAUGUUUACGGAAAAAAAGACCUUGAACAUGAAUAUUGGUUUUCUGUACCAAAAGAAAAAAUUGAUCAUCUCUAUUCAUUUUUUCUUCGUUGGAGUCCUGAACGUUCAACAGAUUCUUUAUCGGAUGAUAAUCAUUCGAAUAAUCAUAAUACUUCAUCUAAUCAAACUAAUCGUCGUUCAUCUCAAACUCAAUUAAAACAUAAUGAAAUCUCAUCUGGUCAAGGUUUUGUUUUAUUAGCAAAUGAUGAUCCUGAAUUAACAGAUGAUUAUUUAUAUGCGAAUAAUAAAAAUAAUAUGACUAAUUCAAAAAAUUCAACAUUAAUUGAUAAUAGUACACAACAAAAAAAACAACAUUAUUUAAAACGACAAAAUACUUUACUUAAAGAAUGGGAGGUAAUAAAUACAAAUAAAAAUUAA